UAAUCAUGAGCGGUGAAUUAUAUUGUAAUCUGUGCAUGGAAGUGAACGGAUUUACCAUAUAACCUUAGAUUUCAUAUUUUAAGUGUGUUACGGUCCGAAGGAAGGAAAGAAAAAAGGCAUGUGCUGAAAAUGGAUGAAGAGGACAUUGAAAUAUUCAUAAAGAAUUUAAAUCUUAACCUAGGUGUUUACAGUUUUGAUAACCUAGUCGCAAACCCAGGAUCUUUCAGUGUCCUAGGUAAAAUUAACACAAUAAGUGACACAGCUCGUUAUAUCGGUUAUGGAAAACCUUUAGUGGAAUUUCUCAAACCAUUCAAGGAAAAAAAGUCGUUGAAAAGAAAAUUGAGCAAUUGCAGUGAUACUGAAACACAAGAAAGAAUAUUGAAAAGUAAGAAAUCUGAUGUUCAUGAGACUGAAAUAACAGUUACUGAUGAUUUGCAUAAUGAACAGGAGACUGCAGGAGCUUCGUGUAUGGGUGAUCAUUCAGCCAAACAGAAAAAUUUCCAAGAAGAGAAAACAGAGGAUGAGACUGACACGAUAGAUUUCAGCAACACAGGUCUUAAGAAGGCAAUAGAACAUCUAAAUAGAUUUCUGACUGAUACAAAUUUAAAUGCACUUAGAGAGGUUAUCAAGAAGUCAAGAGAUGAAGGUGAACUUGAAAUUGGUCUUGGAAUUCAUCUGAUUUCAAAGUUGGCAGGAAAAGCUUACACUAGUAAACAAAAGAGCUUACGAAGCUGUCCAUGUGGAUGUAAAGAAAAACUGCCAGAAAAUGAAACCAUGUGGAUAGGUACAAAAGACACUUGGUAUGGAGAACUUGAUAUUUUAGCAGGGAGCCAAGUAAAAGGAGAUUCUGUCUCAGUGACUGUAAAAAAUUAUGAUGGAAAUCAGGAAAUAGAAACACAGAAAUCUGAGAAAGAUAGUGAUGAUGAGGAAGAAAACCAAUACAAGAAAUCCACUGAAGAAAAGGAUGAAACUCCUGGAGAUCGAACAAACAUCGAGGCGGAAUUUAGUGGAUUAAUUCAGGCACUUAAUCAAGUUUCUACUCAGGCAGUUGUGUUUGCCUAUACUGAAUUCAACAGGCAUAAAACAAUGGGACAUUGUAUUCCUUCAAUCUACAUUGAUAGAAGCACUUUUCAGUAUGUCAUGUACAGUCCUGUUGAAGAUGUACUUCUUGUUUCUAAUCAUAUGGUGUACACCGAUCCAAAAGACUUCGAUAAAGAAACAGGUUAUAGGCCAUUUAUAGUCUUAUGGAUAAUCCUUAACCACAGGUUGUUCUUUAGAAAAUGUCCAGAUUUCAGAAAGCGUUUCAGCAAAAGUGGGUUCCAUCAGAAGAUUCAGAAUUUGGAAGCAUUCCAAAAUUUGACUCAAUAUUCAAAUGUCUUGUCUGUAAAAAGAAAUUAUCGUUUUGAAAAUGAUACUCCAAAUACAAUUCGCCCACCAGCAAUGGAGUGGUUUCUUGACAAAUGUGACAAGUUUUGACAUGUUUGAUUUAAGCAUGACCUCUUUCUAAGAGAACAGGUCCAUUAUGAUGUCCAUAUUCUCAUUUUGCAAAGAAUUAAUAUUAAAUUUCUAAGUCAUCUGCAUCCCAGGAAUGUGUCUGUAGGGACUUUUAUUGAAAGUAAAGCUAAAGUCAGAUAGGCCAUAACACAGCUAGAUGAUUUUUUAUUCCAUCGCAGCAUCUGCGAUUUGGUGGCAUAUGGCGAUUCACCUGUGUGUUUGUUUGUGUGUGUUUGUGUGUGUGUGUUCUAUAGAUUAUAUAGUGAACUUAAAAAAUCUUCUUGUGAAAAACCAAUUGUCCAAUUUCAACCAAACUUGGCAGGAUUGAUCCCUGGGUGAAGGGCUUCCAAAAGUGUUGAAAGAAAUUCAUUCUAUGCAGAAAUCUGGUUACCAUGGCAACCAAAAGGAAUUAUAAGAUUAAAUUAAAAAAAAUUCUUGUAUAGACCCAAAAGGCCUUGAGCUUAGAUAUUUUGCAUAAGGCAUUUUCUGGUAGACCUCAGCCAGGAUUGUUCAAAUUAUAGCUCUAGGGUCCAAAUCAGCCCUGCCCCGGGGGUCAUUGAUUUUCACUUUAUGUACAUAUAGUAAAAACUUAAAAUACCUUCUUGUCUGAAGGUACUAGGCUUAGAGGUUUGAUAUUUGGUAUGUGUUAUUAUCUAUCGGUACUUUACCAAAAUUAUUCAAAUUUUGCCUCUAGUGUCAAAAUCAGCCCCACCCCGGGGGUCAUAGGUUUUUCAUAUGUAUAUAGUAAAAACUUAAAAAAUCAUCUUCUCGAAAUUGACAAAGGCUAGAGGUUAGAUAUUUUGCAUGUAACAUUGUGUAGUGAACCUUUAGCAAGAUUGUACAAAUUAUAGCCCUGGGGUCAAAAUUGGCCCCAGUCCCAGGGGUCAUUGAUUUUCACUAUGUACAUAUAGUAAAAAAUUAAAAAAUCUUCUUGUCUUUGGUAUAUGAUAUCAUCUAUAUUUACUCGACCAAAGUUGUUCAAAUUUUGCCUCUAGUGUCAAAACUAGCCUUGGUGUCAUAGGUUUUCCUUACAAGUGUAUAGUAAAAACUUUAAAAAAAUUAUCAUCUCUAAUUGACAAUGGCUACUGGGAUCCUACAUAUUACCGGACAAAAUAUGAUGUUUUUUCGCUGUAACUUUUAUUCAAAAUAAUAAAAAAGAAUGAAAUUUUACCCAAAUAUAUGUGGGUUCUUAAUAUACUUAAACAUUCCUUUAUCAAACAUAAAAUUCAAUAUUUAACCGUUGAAAUGUGUCUUUAAAGUAGGGCAUUAAAAGAGGGAAAAAAUCGUGUAGACAACUCAAUUUACCGGACAUGUAUGAAACAUUGUGUUUCAAUUUUGUUUGAAGUCUUAAAUUGAAAUUUAGCAAGGAAACUACGACUAUUAAAUUUCAAUGUUAAGAUACUGGAAAACCCUAGUAUGUCACUAAAUUAGACACGGCAGCCAUGCUUGUUACGAAGAGGCAAAUAUAGGGAUGUAAUUGAAAUCAACACUAUUAACUCAAUUAACGUAUUCAUUCUUCAUGAUCCUUAAACUUAUGAAACAUUUUGAUAUUCAAAUGGAAUUUUGUUCUUUGUCAUAGUUUCCCUUUGGUCAUCAUGUAGCAUGUUGCAAAAGCCAUAAAGUCUAUUUCUUGUACAUUUCAUGUAGAGUUUCCUCCCAUGGGCUUUACCCGUUUCCUUAUAAUAUUAUUUAUGUAUUUUAAUUUGCAUUUUUAUUGUAAAAGACAACAACGAGAUAUUGUUUGAACGAAACUGAAAAUAACUUUUUAUCAUUAAAAUAUGUUACGAUUAACUCCUGAGGUAACGUUGAGAAGAAUUAAAAGUAAAACCUAUCUAAAAUAACCCAUUAAGGACCUCAAUAUUCGGGAAUGCGCAACACAGAUUAUUCCCCCGCAUGACCAGGUCAUGGAAUAACUAGUAAAAAAAAGGGUAUGUUAGUAAAUAAAGAACUGAAUCAACAAUACUUACCUGAGAGUGGUUUUGUUGUUAUUUACUUUGAAAUAGAAAGUGUGUGUACGAUUCACACCGGAUGAAUUUUGAAUGGAGGCAAAAAUUAAGCCUUAUUUAACAGGAAUAGAUUUUGUCCGGUAAACUGGUUGUCUGGUAAACAUGUAGGAUCCCAGUACAGGCUAGACAUUUUGCAUUAAACAUUGUGUAGUGAACCUCUAGCAAGAUUAUUUAAAUUAAAGCCCUCCAGGGUCAAAAUUGGCCCUGCCCCUGGGGAUCAUUGAUUUUCAGUCACUCUGUCAAGUAAAAAAUAAAAAUCUUAUUGUCUGAAGGUACUAAUCUGUUAAUAACAGAUAGGUAAGUGAUCUAUACAUUAUGGCAAUCUGUAUAGAAACAAAAAAAUUGUGUUUCUACAUUACUAUUUAUUGUUGUAUUUAUGCAGUGGCAUGGCAUUUUUAGCUCAGGGUGAGCUUUUGUGAUCGCUAUUCGUCCGGCGUCUGUCCGGCGUUUGAAACUUUUACUUUAAAGGACAUCUCAUCUUAAACCACUGAUCCAAUUUCAUCCAAACUUCACAUGAAUGUUCCUUUGGUGGUCACCUUUGAAAAAUGUUCAAAGAAUUUAAUUCCAUGCAGAACUCUGGUUGCCAUGGCAACCAGAAGAAUAAACUUUAAAUAUCAUCUUCCAAAAACCCCAAAGAGCUAGAGCUUCGCUAUUUGGCACAAAACAUCUUCUAGUGAGUCAAGGUCUACCAAGUUUGUUAAAAUAAAAGCCCUUGGGGCAAAUUUGGCCCCGCCCAAGGGGGUCAUUGAUUUUCCCUAUAUGCAUAUAGUAAAAACUUAAAAAAUCUUCUUUUAAAGAACUCAAAGAGCUAGAGCUAAGAUAUUUAGCAUGAAACAUGUUCUAAUGGGUGUCUACCAAGUUUUUUCAGGGCUAUAUACAUGAUGGCCCUCUUGUUUAAACUAUGAUUAUGUGACAGGUUUGGGGUGUAAACUUCAGAAAGUCCUUCAUUUCGAAUGUUAACUAUCAUCAAACACAUAUUUUGUGAACAUUAAAUGAGCUGUACCCCUUUAUGUACAUAUGGAUCAUCCUGGGUCAAAAACUAGAUCACUAGGUCAAAAAACCUUGUUAACACCUGAGAGGUCACAAUUUUGAUGCAAUCUCCAUCAAACUUGGUCAGAAUGUUUAUCUCAAUGAUAUACAGGUCAAGUUUGGAUAUGGGUUAUAUCUGUCCAAAAAUUAGGUCACUAGGUCUAAAAUACAAAUGGACUUGAGUGAAUGAUAAAGGGCCAUCAUGGCCCUCUUGUCCUAAUGUAAUCUUGUUUGUGCUUGUUCUACCAAUCUGCUGGGCGGAUUUCAGUAUAACUGCAGAAGAACAUUGUGCAUGAAGCCUGUCACAAUAAGUGAUAUUUCUAGUUCGACUUGUGAUAAAGAUGUAUGCUGCAUAUUGUAAUAUUUUGAAUGUGGAUGUAAAAUAUCCUAAAGUGGUAAAAGAUUAUAUUAAUUUAUUAUUAAAAAUUUUAUAUAUGAAUUUUCAAAUGCUCAAGAAUUUGUUUUUAUUGCUUUAGCAGUUAACAAUUACAUGUACUUGUACUGGAUUUAUUUUUGGAUUCAGUUGCCUGAUUUUUAAUGGACUACUAAAGUUUACAUGUCUGUCUCAAAAAUAUUUUUAAUUUAAUUUGGUAAAUUGUAAGUUAAGAUUAUUUGUAAAUUUCGUAAGAAGGCAGUAAUUUAUGACAUUGAUGUGAUUUUGUUGUUUUUUUCAUAGAAUUGAUUGUUCAUAAUCUGUUACUUUUAUUGGCAAUGUGGGCUUCUAGAAUCACUCUAUUCGUCAGUGGUAAAUUUUGCCUCAAGGUACAUCUUAUUAUAAACGGUAAAACCACUUUGAAUAUAUGUUCAGUAUCUAAAGGGGACUUAAUUAUUAAGAGAAGAUAAUCCUAAAUUUAUUUUACUGGUUGUUUUUUCCUUAAAAGUAUUAAAGUACCUUAAAGGUAUUUAUUUAUUACUUGAUAUACAGUUUAACUAUGAAAAGAGCAAGCCUUUAAACCUUAAAAUUCAUAAUAACUGAGUUAUGUCCCUUAGAAUUUUCCGUGAAAGGCAUUUUCUUACAAUCCAUCAUCUGUGAAAUAUCUAAGGUAUUUAUUUGAUAUUUUGAAAUACUUGCUUUUAAUUAUUGUGGACGCAUCUCCUUUGGGACAUUGUUAAAGGGAUUUGACUCAAACUUUGACAGAUGAUCAACCUAGAUGUGUAGUUGAUCAUACUGGCUGAAAUUUUUGAUGCACACAGUUAGCUGAAUUAUGGCCCUUUAUUGUUUCCUUCACUAUACAUUACAUAGAGGGAAAAAUUGUGAACACAAUACCUCUUACACCCUUUGGGGAGCAUUGCACUUGUCCUUAAGUAUGUCCUGAAAUUUUGUGGAUAUUGUUAAAGAUAUUUGGCUCAAAGUUACCCAGAUGAUCAACUUAGAUGUGUAGUUAGUAAUACUGACUUGAAUUUUCGAUACAAUUUUAGAGCAAACAUUAAAAGUGGGGGGGUUGCAUUAGUUCUAGUUUAUAUUGUAUUUUCUGACUAAUUGUACAUUGUUUUAUCUAAUGCAAUUUCAAAGUGUAUAUAGUAUUAUAUGAUAGAUAUUUCUGAAUAUAAGAUGUUGUUAAAAAAAGAUUUUUUAAAUUGUCUUUUGUCACUAAUUGUACAUUGUUUUACUUAAUGCAAUUUUACAGUGAAUUGUUUGUUAUAUGAUAUUCAUUUUGAAUAUAAGAUGCAGUUUAAAAAAAAGAUUUUUUUUACAUUGUCUUUUGUGCUUAAUUGUACAUUGUUUUAACUAAUGCUAUUUUAUAGUGUAUAGUGUGAUAUAUGAUAGAUAUUUCUGAAUAUAUAAGAUGUAAUAAGAUGUAGUUAUAAAAAGAUUUUUUUAUAUUGUUUUUUUUUUUGUGAUCAUUGUUUAUUGAUUUACCUAAUGCAAAUUUGUAUGCCACCACAUAUAGCGAUUCACCUUUGUGUGUCUGUCUGUAUUAAAAAAUCUUUUUGUGAAAAAACACUAGUCUAAUUUCAACCAAACUUUGGAUGAUUGAUCUAUGGUUAAAGUGCUUUCAAAGUUGUUCAAAGAAUUUCAUUUCAUGCAGAAGUCUGGUUGCCAUGGCAACCAAAAGGAAUUAUAAGAAUAAAUUUUAAAAAAUCUUUUGUAAAGACCAACAAGGUCUAGAGCAAAAAUAAUUUGCAUAAGGCAUUAAUUGUCUGGGAGACCUCUACCAAGAUUGUUCACAUUACAUCCCUUGGGUCCAAAUUGGCCCAAGCCAAGAGAAUGAUAGGUUUUCCUUAUAUAAUUAUGUAUAUGGUAAAAACUUAAAAAUCUUCUUGUCUGAAGGUACAACGCUUAGAGCUUUGAUAUUUUGUAUAUGUUAUCCUCUAUAUGUCCUCUACCAAAGUUGUUAAAAUUUUGCCUCUAGUGUCAAAAUUGGCCUGCCCCGGGGGUCAUAGGUUUUCCUUAUACACAUGUAUGUAUAUGGUAAAAACUUCUCAGAAUUGACAAAGGCUAGAGAUAAGAUAUUUGUCAUGAAACAUUGUGUAGUAAACCUCUACCUAGAUUGUUCUGUUUAUAGCCCUUGGGUCAAAUUUGGCCCCGCAUCGUGGUCAUAGGUUUUCCUUAUAUGUAUAUGGUAAAAGGUAGAAACUUAAAAAAAACUUCUUGUCUGAAGGUACAUUAGAGCUUUGAUAUUUGGUGUAUUAUAUCAUCUAUAGGUCUUCUACCAAAGUUAUAAAAAUUUUGCCUCUAGUGUCAGAAUUGGCCCCGCAAGGGGAGGGGGGUCAUAAGUUAUCCUUAUAUGUAUAUGGUAGAAACUUAAAAAACCUUCUUCUCUGAAUUAACAUAGGCUAGAGCUUAGAUAUUUUGUGUAGUUUACCUCUACAAAGAUUGUUCAAAUUAUAGCCCUGGGGCAAAAUUGGCCCCGCCCCAGGGGUCAUAGGUUCAAUGCGGUGGCAUAGCAUUUUUUCACAAAUGCAAUCUUGGUUUAAUUGGAACUGUAAAUUUUUCUUAUAGCUAAACAGACUGGUACUGAACAUAAUGAGUUUUUGUAAAUAAAAAUAACCU